CGAGGACUUUUCAGCUCGCUUCUCCUCACUAAAACUUCAGCACAUCCCACUGACCCGAAAGUGUCGCUCAUCGUAAUAUCAGCAGCAGCCAGACAGCAGCACCGAGUUAAUUUGCUCCUAAUCAGCACCAUUACAUUUUUAUUUUUUGUUCUCCGUAGCCUCAAUGUACGGAUAAAAAAAGCAAAAGGAUCGAUGUCAAAAAGCGCGAGCAGGAGGUCGAGGAGUGUGUGACAGCUGGGCGGAGAGACUGAAACUCCAGAGGCUCCCGCACGCGCGCUGGGGAGGGCUCGUGCGAGGCUGAACAGGCGCUCGGUGCUGUUUUUUGUAACCGAGGGGAGAGACCCGAGAGGAGGGGGGACUUCUAAAGCCGCCGGUUCCGUUGCAGCGUAAGAAAUUUUGAGGGAAGGAUGCAGCGGAACCGGAGAAAUCCUGCUCUGCUCUGGUGUGUGAUGCUGAGCGCGUGCUGGACGCCGCUGGAAGUGCGGGGGUCCCAACCGGAGAUUCCCCUAUCAGUGGUGAAACUCUGGGCUUCAGCGUUCGGUGGUGAAAUAAAAUCAAUAGCUUCAAAAUACUCAGGAUCUCAGCUCUUACAGAAGAAAUACAAGGAGUAUGAGAAGUCGGUGCGAAUAGAGGAGAUCGACGGCGCAAAAUUGGUGAAAAAUCUGGCACAGAACAUGGAGGAGAUGUUUCGGAAAAAAGCGGAGGCCACACGAAGGCUCGUAGAAGCGGCAGAAGAAGCUCAUCUUCAGCAUGAAGAAAACCCAGACCUACAGUAUGAGUAUUUCAACGCGGUGCUGAUAAACGAGGUGGAUGAAGAUGGGAAUAGCGUAGAGCUGGGAGGAGAGUUUCUCCUGGAACCCAACGAUCAUUUUAAUAACCUAUCCGUCAACCUCAGCCUCAGCGUAGUGCAGGUGCCAACCAACAUGUACAAUAAAGACCCUGACAUAGUUAAUGGAGUUUACUGGUCUGAAGCCUUGAACAAAGUUUUCGUGGAUAACUUCAGGAGGGACCCAACCCUUAUCUGGCAGUACUUUGGAAGUGCUAAAGGUUUUUUCCGACAAUACCCAGGCGUGAAAUGGUAUCCUGACGAACACGGCGUCAUUGCAUUUGAUUGCAGAAACAGAAAAUGGUAUAUCCAAGCAGCCACUUCUCCUAAAGAUGUUGUGAUUCUGGUGGACGUCAGUGGCAGUAUGAAGGGUUUAAGAUUGACUAUAGCCAGACAGACGGUUGCUUCAAUAUUGGACACGCUCGGCGACGAUGACUUCUUCAACAUUAUUGCAUACAACCAAGAGGUCCAUUACGUGGAGCCCUGUCUAAACGGCACUCUGGUUCAAGCUGACAGUACUAAUAAGGAUCACUUUAAAGAGCAUCUGGACAAGUUGUUCGCCAAAGGAAUCGGACUCCUGGGCAAUGCACUGAGUGAGGCUUUCACUAUCUUAAAUGAGAUUAAUCAGACGGGCCGUGGAAGUUCAUGUAGUCAGGCGAUCAUGCUGAUAACAGAUGGAGCCACUGCAAUGCACGAUGAUGUUUUCGCCAAAUAUAACUGGCCUGAACGUAAGGUCCGUAUUUUCCCAUACUUGAUUGGCCGUGAAUCUGCAUUUGCUGAUAACCUAAAAUGGAUGGCGUGUGCCAAUAAAGGUUAUUUUAGUCAGAUCUCCACACUGGCUGACGUUCAGGAGAAUGUGAUGCGGUAUUUACAUGUGAUGAGCAGACCUAAAGUUAUCGACCACGAACAUGACACAGUGUGGACUGAGGCCUACGUCGACAGCGCACUCGCACAGGCGCACAAGCUUGGAGAGAAUAAGGGUCCAAACCCGAUGACCACAGUGGCCAUGCCUGUGUUUAGCACCAAGAAUGAAACGAAAAACCAAGGCAUCCUGCUGGGCGUCGCGGGCACUGACAUCCCCAUUCAGGAGCUAAUGAAAGUCAUCCCAAAACACAAGCUAGGAAUACACGGAUACGCUUUUGCCAUCACCAGUAAUGGAUAUCUCCUGAUGCACCCUGACCUGAGACCCCUGUACCAGGAGGGCCAGAAGAGGAAGAAACCCAGUUACAGCAGUGUGGAUCUGUCCGAGGUGGAAUGGGAGGACACUGAGGAUGUUUUGCGUACAGCGAUGGUAAACAGGCGAACUGGCACAUUCUCAAUGGAAGUGAAAAGAACAGUGGACAAAGGGAAACGAGUCUUGACGAUGCACAAUGAUUAUUACUACACAGAUAUUAAAGGAACUCCAUUUAGUGUAGGGGUGGCACUCUCUCGAGGACAUGGAAAAUUCUUCUUUAAGGGGAAUGUUUCACUAGAAGCUGGUCUACAUGAUCUGGAGCAGCCGGAUGUAGCCCUUGCUGAUGAAUGGACGUACUGUACCACAGAAGAGCACCAUGAGCAUCGACACCUGACUCAAGUUCAGGCCAUCAAAAUCUACAUGACCAGCCGGAAACCACAUUUCAAGUGUGACAGAGAGCUGAUUCAGCAGGUUCUGUUUGAUGCUGUGGUCACCGCUCCUGUAGAAGCCUACUGGACUGGACUGGCUCUCAAUAAAUCUGAGAACUCUGAUAAAGGGGUUGAAAUUGCUUUUCUCGGCACCCGGACUGGCCUUUCAAGAACUAACCUGUUUGUAGUUCCUGAGCAACUGACCAAUCGAGAUUUCCUCACCGCUGAAGAUAAGGAGGGCGUCUUUAACGCUGAUCACUUUCCUCUGUGGUAUAAACGAGCAGCAGAGCAGGUGCCCGGCACAUUUGUGUACUCCAUUCCCUUCAGUUCAGGUGGUGAAAAUAAGAGUGUUGUUUUGGCGAGCACAGCUAUCCAGCUUCUUGAUGACAGAAAGUCACCUAUUGUGGCAGCUGUGGGAAUUCAAAUGAAGCUGGAAUUCUUUCAGAGAAAAUUCUGGACCGCUAGUCGGCAGUGUAAUGCUCUGGAUGGGAAAUGCACCAUCAGUUGUGAUAAUGAGGACAUUAAAUGUUAUCUCAUAGACAACAAUGGCUUCAUCCUGGUCUCUGAAGACACUUCUCAGACAAACCACUUCUUUGGGAAAGUGGAAGGAGCUGUCAUGAAUAAACUGCUUCUGAUGGGCUCGUUUAAAAAGAUUAAUUUGUAUGACUAUCAGGCUCUGUGUAAGGAGUACGCAGGCAGCAGUGACAGCGCACGCACUUUACUAGAUCCCUUCACCACUGUGAAAUGGCUCUUGACAGAGCUUGUCAUAUUUCUGCUGGAGUUUAACCUGUAUAGCUGGUGGAACUGUGACUCCACAGUCAAAGCUCAGAGAUCUCAGAGGACAAUGAUGGUGCCCUGUGACACAGAAUACCCAGCCUUCGUCUCAGAGCGCACCAUCAAAGAGACAACCGGCAACAUCGACUGCAAUGGCUGUAUACGGACAUUUGUGAUUCAGCAGAUUCCCAGCAGUAACCUGUUCAUGGUGGUUGUUGAGAAUAAAUGUGACUGUGGCUCUGCUCUUCCAGUUACCAUGGAGCCCAUUGAGAUCAUUUAUAAUGAGUCUCUGAAGUGUGACAGAUUAAAGUUUCAGAAGGAUCGCAGACGACCACAGUCCUGCCAUCCGUUUCAUCCAGAGGAAAAUGCUAUGGAAUGUGGAUCAGCGAAUGCUUUGAGUUUCCCACUGGUGGCCAUUUUAUUCCCAGCAUUGUCAUUGGUGAUCAGCAGGUGACCUCUGACCCCUGCUGCUUUGACCCAUUAGUCUUACAGUCUUACUACACUCAAAUCAGAGAGCCUUGCUUCCGCCAAACAUGAAGUGUCAGUGCACAGAGGCCAAAUCAUCUUUGUGAUGUCUGAAGAUUACCGAUGAAGAUAGAUGAUAUUUAUUGCCGUCACAGACCGUGUUAGAAUGUGCUGAGUGUUUUCUUCUUACAUGUGGACCAGUGGAUAUCAGUGGCUGCCGUGAACCGUCACAGCUAAACGCACUUCAUGUAGCUGUUCUACAAGGUUCUGUCAUACACCUCCACUUUAGACUUCAUCUGCACUGUGUGAAGCGCAGAGCGAGAAAUGAGCAGAGAUGUCAUUUAUUUCAGUUUUAUUUGCCUGCCUCUCAGACUGAUUUGGCAUUUCGUUUGGAGUCUUAAGAUGCAUGACUUGAGGAAAUAGGAAUAUUUCAGUGCUGUUUGUAAGAAAAGCGUACAUUAUCAUCAAAUAGAUGAGAUGUGGAUUCUUCACAAACUUUAUAAGUUUUGCCUGCUUAAAAAUAAUAUAUAUAUAUAGUUGGAAAAUAACUUUUAAUUGCCUAAUCCCUUUACAUCAAA